AUGUAUGAUUCGGAUGAUGCUUUUAAUCGGUCGCCUCCUCUGGAGGCGAUGAAACCCAACUAUGGAGAAAGCGAAACACUACCACCAUUUGUUUCCGCGAGCGAAAAAGAAGCCGACGCAGAGGGUUCUCGUAAGCCCAACCAGCUGAAACCUCAGAACUCAACCCGUGAGGGCGACCGAGUGCUGAUGGAGUAUCUAGCUCCGCACCACCCUGAGAUUGCCGCGGCGGCAAGGAUUUCUCCAUUGGAACCAUUACCCGGGAAUCUAAAAAAUCAUAAACAGCCGCCUGACUUUGAUCCCAGAGAUUCAAAGAGGUUAAAUUCGUCCGCAAAGGAGGGCCAAUCAAAACCGGAACUCAAGGCAGCCCCGGGACCAGUCUCGGGCUCGGCCUCACAUAAGAGUAAACCCCCCCGGAGGAGAUCGCUCCCAUUCAAGCCUAUACAACCAGAUAAUAAGGUGAAAGAUGAGUUUGUACCAAGAGAGCGACUUCAAUCAUUAAGUGGCUCGGUUCAACGACCCCAACAAGUGUUGCCCCAUCUCAAAACUCCUCCGGAAAGAGAGCCCCAAAUUCCCCUCCCAUCAUUAAAAUUGAUCCAAUCAUCUUCUGGAUCGUGUCUUGCAAAGUCUCCAGACAGCAAUAAACAAACGCUGCCGUCAAUUCACAAAGCUCUCAGCGCAUUGUCAGACUUCGGCGCCCCAACAGUCAACACAAUGUCAUCGCCCUUCCCCUUCUCCUCCUGUCCCGGAUCAAGUACAUCGGGAAAUGAUUCUCCAUUCGACCGCACUUUUCCAGGAAAGUUUUCCAUUCCUGCAAGUCCAUUUUCUCACUUCUCGCCGGUGAGCAUGAAGGACUCACCUACCAACCCUUCUCCGGCCUCGCACUCGUCCUUCUGGCGCGGACCACCACAUUCUGAGAUGCUGUCUGUCCAGACUCCGUACGACGCUUCCCCUAUGACUGCCCAGAAUCCAGCGACCAGUUACCCUACACCCACGGAACAGGUUGGCGCUAGUAUGGGUGAUCGGCAUUCGCUUGCUGCGUCCACUCCCCAGGCCAAUGGCCCCCUGGGUAGUUACAGGUGUACACAUUCUGGCUGCACUGCUGCACCCUUCCAAACUCAAUAUCUCCUCAACUCUCAUGCAAACGUGCACUCACAAGACCGCCCACACUUCUGCCCGGUAGAGGGCUGUCCACGCGCACUAGGCGGAAAAGGUUUCAAGCGUAAGAAUGAAAUGAUGCGCCAUGGCCUCGUGCACAACUCCCCAGGCUACGUCUGUCCCUUCUGUCCAGACCAGCAACACAAAUACCCGCGACCCGACAAUCUUCAACGACAUGUUCGUGUACAUCAUGUCGACAAAAACAAAGAUGAUCCCAUUCUCCGACAGGUUCUCGCGCAACGGCCGCUUGGUAGCACCCGCGGGAGAAAACGAAGGAUGAACAAUACAUGA